GUCUAUCGGUUCGGUUGUGUUUUGUAAGUGCUCGCGUGUAAUAAAUGAAGCAUUCAAUCCAGUGCAUGUAGCGCGUCCCCCCGUCCCCUUACUGCAAGUGUGUGCAUGAAUUUCUCCUGGUGUUUGUGUCAUUCAAGAUCCUUAAAAUUUUAAUUGUGAAUACUAAGCAAAUGAAAAAGAAAUUGGUAGGAAUAGGUGAAGGAUACGUAGGCGAAGAGGAGCACGCCUGAAAAGUAAAAGCUUCAAUAGUGUGUUUUUGAGGGGGAAGAACAAGAGCUGAAAAGCGAGUAAUGUGUAAAAAUUUGCUAUCCGUUCGUUUUCCACGAUGGGAAAGUCCAAGUUUCCCGGUAAGCCGUCUCGUUUGGUAAACAAGAAGCGAGUUUCGGUUCUGUCCAGCGCUGGGUUGAAUACGCUCGCCAGCAGCAGUAGCAGCGAUGAGGAUAACAACCAGAACCAGCAGCAGGAAAAUUCGUCGACGACGGAAAAGUUGAACCAGCACCAGCAGUCACUAAUACAGUCGCAAGAGCAGCAGCGCCACCAACAACAGCAAAAGCAGAAUCAGCAGCCGUCACCGAAGGUAUCAACGUUAUUAGACAAUGAAGAAAUUGAUCAAGAUGGCGAUGAUGAUGUUAGUAAGCACACUGGCGAUGAUUCAGAAAACGGCGAAGACGACGAAGAUGAAGAUGACGACGACGAUGACGACGAGGAUGAUGAUGACGAUGAUGAUGACGAAGACGAGGAUGGUGAUGACAACGACGUCGAGGAAUGCAACAGCGGUGAUGAUCAGGGACGUGAAGGUGAGGAGAGAGACCAAAAUAGCCAGCACGCCAGUCCUAAGCAUCAGACGGAGCAAAACGAUGACGAAUGUCCACCGAACGGUGCUGAGAGUAAUAUGCGGACCUUGAAUGGCACUGACAAACAGACGUCUGUCUCGCAACCAUCAAACGGAAAUAGCUUCGAAAUGAAACCAUCCUCGCUAUCCGCCGCCCUUAGUUCAUCGGUGGGGUCGGCUUCGGUAGAAUCAACCGCUGUUCAGUCUGCCGCUAACGACGAGUCGGUAAUGACGAGGUCUACUGUGGCAGAACAAGGUACGGUUCUAAAUGAAGCUACUCCUACCAUCCUGGAUGCUCCGCCAAAACCCAAAAAGAAAACGGUAACAUUUCACAGCACGCUGGAAACAAGUGACGAGAACAUGGUUAAAAAAGUGUACAACCCGGCCACGGUUCCGUUGAUUCCCAUCAUCAAGAAAGAAUGUCUGGCGCGACCGAUCCGGCUUAAGAAGAGUUUCAACCGAAAAAUGAAGAAACGUCUCCAACGGUUAGCGAUGCAAGCAGCAUCUGCGGCAGCUAAGUCCGAGUGUAUAGUACGUCCUUCCCGAUUGACGGAAAUCAUGCAAAAAUCCAGCAAACUUGAGGAUGCCAACAUUUCACCUGAACAAACGUCAAGUUUCUCAGCAGGUGCAAGCAGCCUGAAUGCAUCGGGAGAACAACUUUCGUCAUCGUUGUCUCAAGAUAUAGUACCGUUCGGUGGUACUGGAAGCAGUGAUCCUACAGAGGCUCGUAAUCUCGAAAGCGGCGGUACCCAAUUUGGUGACAAGCGGUUUAUCUUGCCAAAACGAAGUGCUCAUUCUAGUCGUGUGAUUAAGCCCAACAAACGGUUUCUGGACGAAUUCGAGCUGGAGAUCAAGAAGAAAAACAAAAAUCUCGCGGCAGCGCAAGCAGCGGCGGCGACAGCAGCAGCAACAGCAGCUGUUGCACCUACCGCAGUGGCUCAAUCGACAGUACCAUCGGUUAGCGGUGAUUGUUCUAGUGGUGCCAAUGUUGGGAAAAUAUCCUGCAAGGAUAAUAGUGGUGAUAGAAACAAUUAUUUCGCUGAAAAGUUGAUCAAGAAUGAAGUGAGCUCGAAGAAUGAAACAGAUGAUAGUGCAAAACCCAGUGACGAUAAUAGUAGUGAAAAGGGUGACGAUGGAAAGAAGAAGCGAGAAAAGGCGAAAAAGGAUACUGAUGAACAGGGCAGGAAGGCAGGGAAAGUGGAUGGAAAAGAUUCAUCGGACCCCGCCGACUCUGAACCUGCACGACCACCGAGCAGCAUCAACAACCCUUUCGCUAAAACUACUCUUCUCGAUAGCAGCCCCUCCAACAACAGCAGCACCACCACCCCUGCCAGUUCCCUAGUGCUGGUGAAACCCUCGGUACUCUCUUCCACUACAUCUAGUCUUACGUCCAGUCCCAGUGCGGGUCUAGCAUCAGCAACGUCAAUCUUUGGCAAAAGUAUUCUCCGCCAGCCCCGACUGCAGUUCACGACAUCCUUACUGAACUCCAAUCCACUGGCAGCGUCUGGAUCGACCACCGGAGCUGGGGUAGGCAACAGUAUUAACACUGGCGGCAGUAGUAAUCAAAACGGAAUUGGUUCAACUCCUUCCUCCCAAGUGCCAUCUGCGGUCACUGAUGGGCCGUUCUCGUUGCAUCUGAAACCGGGAGCCAGUUUGGAUUCGUCGAAAAUCUUCUCUAACGCACUAACUGCGGCCCUGACCGGUUCGACUGCAACAACCGCUGCUGCUGCUUCCCUUAUGGGUUCUAGUUGCAGUAUUUGUGGCAUCGCCUGUAACACUCGCUAUUAUCAGCAACCUGCAAAAAAAUUUGGUGUUAGUUGUUGUGAUAUUUGCCGGAAGUUUAUCUCGAAGAUGGUCAAAAAGUUGGCCAGUUCGUCGAGUCCAACUAACACUAACGUAACAAUGAAAUGCAAAAAUGAAGGCAAGUGCUCAAUCGGACCUCCAUCCGUUAUUCGGCCUGAUCACGUUAAGACUAGGCACAUUUUCAAGGAACGCUGUCAUGCUUGCUGGUUGAGGAAAUGUCUAGGAAGUUUCCAGGUGCCCCCAGUGUUGAAAGUUCGACUAACGCAAACGCUUCCUAUUACACUGAGACAAACCGAGGGGCAGCCAAGUACUGGAUCAAAAAUUAGUCCAGUCAAGAAUGAAACAACCGAGAAUAACAUUUUCUCAACUAGUUUAACCAGUUGUAAAAAUUCUUCGGCUUCGAGAGGGCUUUGGAAUGCUUCCGGCUCGGAGAAACCCGAUUUUGCCAAAACAAAUUCGUUUCUUUCGCUUGCAAAUCCCUUGGUGCAAAACAACAAUACUUUUGGCAGUUUGCCGUCAAUUAAGCUCAACAUAAGCGACAAGCCGAUAAUGUUGACGCCCAGUGCAUUGUCCAGUCCGAAAGGAAAUAAAAGCCCGUUGGUGCAGAUAAGCGAGGAGUCUUCUAUCACGGAAAAAGAGAAAAAAGAUUCUGAUGUAAGUGAAGCUACAGAAGAAUCCACUAACAGUAUCAGAACACGGAGUAAGACUGAAGCAGCAGCAAACGCUGGUGUAACUGCAAACUCUUCACCGCUGGCCGCUGGUAAUGCAACAACAACAACUGUCACUGCUUCAGUAAUGACUGCAAGUGACACAGUCGCAACGGAUGCAGCGGCAUUAACGCAAGUAUCAGGUGCAGCAAAUCCUAAUGACAAACGACAACGAAUAGAUCUGAAAGGUCCCCGCGUCAAGCAUGUUUGCCGGAGCGCUUCCAUCGUACUCGGUCAACCAUUGGCCACCUUCCCCGACGACGAUACGACGUUGGAGAAUAUUGAAACGCCACCCAGUGACAGUGUAGCUGAUGUAACUGAUCAGCUUCCCUUGGUUUUGGACACAGCAACCGAAAUGCCACUGCGUCCUGCAACACCCAAACUUAGUGAUGAUUAUCAGUGUGUUGAGUGUAAGGAACCCGACAAUUUGGCAUUGAGUCCACCAGCAACACCAGCAGACGCUGAUACGAGUGGAUCUACGGAGAAAGAGUUGGUGAUCGAUGAAGACAAACUUGUGGACUCUAAUCAAACGACCCCGACCAAGGAGGAGGUCGAAGAGAUAAAGGUAGAACAGCCACGGCCUCCACCUGUGGUGAAAGUUGAAGUGGAGGUGAAAGAGAAAGAGCCCAUUAAAAAAGUCGAGGAAAUAGAACGACCAGCAACCAGGAAGGCUACGUCAUCGUUUCGACCGCAGGUGCUCAAACAAAACAUUAACGCCAUAACCAAAAGUUUCAACACCAAUGUCCGAGCUGCGGGUCAGCAGGGCAUAGCUGAAGUUCCAAACGUCCCCCUUAUAUCGAUCGAUUUUUGGGAAAAUUACGACCCAGCCGAAGUCAGUCGAACCGGAUUCGGAUUAAUACUAUCCGAAGAUGUCCCUUUGAAAGCUCUCUGCUUCCUCUGCGGUAGUUCCGGACUGGAUGAGCUUCUAUUUUGCGUUUGCUGCUGUGAACCUUACCAUCAGUACUGCGUGAAAGAUGAGUACAAUAUUCGAACAGUUUCACUGGAUGACACCAAUGUCAGUUUAUUGGAACUAACGAGUACAACGAAUGUGGGAGGAGCUACGCCUCAACAACAAGCACUCAAUCGGUUCAACUGGAUGUGUCCUCGGUGCACGGUUUGCUACACUUGCAACAUGGCUGCUGGCAGCAAAGUCAAGUGUCAAAAGUGCGGCAAGAACUAUCAUACCACCUGCUUGGGUACCAGCAAGCGGUUAUUGGGUGCGGAUCGACCGUUGAUUUGUGCGGGAUGUCUCAAGUGUAAGAGCUGCUCGACAACCAAUGUGACAAAGUUCAUUGGCAAUCUACCAAUGUGUACCCCUUGCUUUCGACUGCGACAAAAGGGCAAUUUUUGUCCGCUGUGUCAACGGUGCUAUGAAGACAAUGAUUUUGACCUGAAGAUGAUGGAGUGUGGAGACUGCAAGCGGUGGGUGCAUGCAAAAUGCGAAGGACUUACCGAUGAGCAGUACAAUAUGUUGAGUGCGUUGCCGGAGAACAUUGAGUUUAUUUGCAAGAAGUGUGGGAAAAACAAUGAACAUGGAAACGUUUGGCGGGAUGCAGUGGCCGGCGAGUUCAAAGCUGGUUUACUAAGUGUCGUUAAAUUGCUAAGCAAAAGUCGGCAGGCGUGCGCUUUGCUGAAGUUGAGUCCACGGAAGAAGACGAGCAAUUGUGUUUGUUCCGUGAGUUCCGGAAAAAGUAUUACUUUCUUUGGUUUUAAUUCAGCUAAGGAAGAAUCGGUUUCAAAGAAAGCCAAGCUCGAUGAGCAGGAAUCAAUUUAUGAUUUCAACAGCGAAAGCAGUAGCAGCAGUUCCAGUUUUCCUUCGAACACAAAAUGCUACUGCUCACUGAGACCCUCCAAACCAGCGGAUAUCACUCUAGUAGAAAUCAAACAGAAAAUCAACGCAAAUGAGUACUAUUCGUUGCAGGACUUCAACUAUGAUAUGAAUACGUUGAUCAAUGCUAUCGGGUCGGAGGAUUUGUCAACGGCGUACAAAGAAUUCCUUAGUGAAACGUUUCCCUGGUUCCAAAAUGAGACCAAGGCCUGUACAGAUGCCCUGGAGGAGGCCAUGUGUGGGGAGGAAAUGUGCGAUUAUAAUCCUGCAGCGGAUUUGGUUAUGGACACCGACCAGAAGGUUCCGAGUAUUGAUAUCCCAUUGAACGACAUCGACGACUAUUUCUACGAAUCGUCCGAGUUGGAUGAUUGUCGCAUAUGUAUGUUUUGCAAGCAGCAGGGCGAAGGGCUACCAUUGCACGAAUCUCGUCUGUUGUAUUGUGGUCAAAAUAACUGGGUGCACACAAACUGUGCUCUGUGGACGGCGGAAGUGUUUGAAGAGAUCGACGGGUCAUUGCAGAAUGUUCACUCAGCUGUAUCUCGGGGACGUUCGAAGAACUGUCGCCACUGUGGUGUCAAGGGUGCUACGGUACGAUGCAAUGCCAAACAUUGCGCGGAACACUUUCACUUCCCCUGUGCGCGACAAGUCGGUUGCAUAUUCAUGCAAGAUAAGACGUUGUUCUGUCCGCAGCAUGCAGCCGAAGCGGCCAAAAAGAAGUGUCAGGUGGAGAAGUGCUUCGAAAUUAACCGAUCGGUGUACGUUGAGUUGGAUAGGCGGAAAAAGAAAUUUGUCGAACCGGGCAAGGUUCAGUUCAUGAUUGGAUCGUUGAGUGUUAAAAAGCUUGGUCAUAUAGUCCCAAUGUUCAGCGAUCAUUCGGACGCGAUCGUACCAACGGAUUUUGAGUGUACCAGGCUCUAUUGGAGUUCGAAAGAACCGUGGAAAAUUGUACAAUACAAGAUCAAAACGACCAUUCAGAAUAACAAUUAUUGCUAUGGAACAGAUUUCGGUCGAAACUUCACAGUGGAUCACAGCCUGAACAGCAGUCUGGUCCAGUGGGGUCUUACACAAAUCAGUAAAUGGCAUAACAGUUUGAAUAGUGACGAACCGGAAUCGGAACCAGUGCCGAGUACUUCGGGAGUGCCACGGGAAAAACAAGUUAAACAGUUACUGGAAACCGGAGAUGACACUAACGACGAAGAACCGCAGAAUAACAAUGAUUUACUACCGCAGGAGAUCAAAGAUGCCAUAUUUGAGGAUAUUCCGCAUGACAUUUUAGAUGGUAUCAGUAUGCUCGAUAUAUUACCUAAACUGAUGACGUACGAUGAUUUAAUUGCGAUGGAUCUGAAGAAUGAGAACAACUUUAAUGCGGAGAUUUUGAAAGAAGUUGGACUAGGUAGCAGCAGUAGCAGUAACAGCAGUAAUGCAACCGGUGGUUCGAAGGACGACGAAAUGGAUGUUGAUGAAGAUGAUAUUAACGAAGCGAUCAUGAAAUGCAGUGGGGAGCUGAGUAAUGAUGGGUGGAUGAAAAGUAUUGCAACUCCUGGUAUUGAGGAUGCGUUAUUGAGUGCCAUGAAACAGCCUUCAGUUAAUCGGGAGCUGAAGCGCAGCAAAACGGAUAUAUUGUCCCGAGCGGUAGCUGGUGGUCGUGUUGCAGGUCAACGUUCGAGCAGUUUUUCAUGGAAUUCAAAGCUAGAAUCGACGGCAGCUGUUGUGGCUAAACGCCGAAAGAUAAGUAAACUGGCCGAUGUUCUGUCGCUAGGUAGGAUAAAGGAUGAUACCGCGGUAAACAUGUUAGAACGACGAAGAUCUUUGCCGAGUGACGAUUUCAACUGGAGUGCAAAUAGGAAAGUCGGAGGAGGAGGAGAGAGUCUAACCGACGGUAUGAGUGUGUUUGAAAAACUGAAAAUAUCCCAGUUGGAUGGAAUGGACGAUUUUUGUGGAGAAUCUGGAGAAAUGAAAAUUUAUUCUUCCAGUAUGAUUGAAGCUCCCGUACGGUGUGAUCGUUGUCAUGCAACAUACCGAAAUCAGGAAUCCUAUCAGCGACAUUUGAAUUCAUGUGAAGUACUUUCUACGAGCGAGAGCGAUUCGGAAACUCGAUCUCCACGACUGUUAAGCCCAGAGCAACAGCAAGCGCAAGUUGCUAGUCAACUCGGAAAUAGUACGUUCAUCUUGCCACAGACAUCUCAAAGCAUGACUACCGAUAUGUAUAAUCAAAUGGGUCAGAAUCAGCAAGCGAAUCCAACAAUAUCGGUCAUUUCCGGUCUGAACAAUCAAACCAUUAAUCUGGGGAAUUUGAACAACCAAGCGAUUCUCUCGAAUAUUCCAGUGUCCAUGCCGAUUACGAUCAAUCAACUAUCAUCUGGUAUUCCCAUCCAAACCUCCACGGGAACGCAACAGAUCCCUCUGCAAGGAACAUUCUCGAACAUUGGAGGAAACAUGAUUUUUUCGAACCAGGGCCAAAUUUUCGCUCAACCUAUUAAUUUCCAACAGUCUCUGGACAACCAGCACACCUUUGUUCAGAAUAAACCACGGUAUAUUCAGCCAGCACCAACUGCUCAAACCCCUCAAACCAUUUCACUCUCGAACAAUUUUUUGAACACCGGCAACGGAAUAAACGUUAUUCCCCAACAACAGCAGCAGCAACAGAUUAUUACAAUUGGACCGAAUGGCCAACCUCAGAUCGUUACAGUAUCAACUCCUCAACAUCAGCAACCGCAAGCUACUAUCCUUCAAAAUCAUACUCAAAAGAAGCAACUGAUAUACCCAACGGUGUCUCCUAAAAAGCACACUUUUUCUCGAGUUUCCCAAUCGCCAACACCAAUUAAAGCCAAAAGGAUCACUCCCACAGCCACGGCAACCUCUAACAAAACUAUCCACAUGAAAAAGCAGGAACCAAUUGCCAUUCAGCAAGCACCGACUCCGCAGCCCCAGUCGAUUCAAACCAUAUCCCAACCGAUAUCCACGCAACAACAACCGCAGCAGCAGAUUCAACUUAUCAACACAUCAUACCCCUUAAUCCGACCAGCGAAUGCCGCAACGCCGCAUCCAACAACUGCAACUACAAACAACCCCAUCAUUUUCCAGCAAGCUAACCAACCCAUCAUCGUACAGCAGGUGGGAGGAAACCAAAUAUCCUACGUAACGGAUCAGAGCCCUGUUCAGUACCUAACGACUCCGACAAAUGUACUAACCCAAAAUGGAUACGCUAUGACCACCGCCGGGGAUGGAUCACUCACAGCAGCGGCAAACAAUAUUCUUAUUCCGAACGGAACUGGUGGAUACUCAAUGAUACCUGCUAGUGCCCUUCAGCUGGCCGCCCCGCAACCUCAAGUUAUCGGAACGAUAAUUCAACCGCAGGCUACCACCAUUCAGUGCGGGAUGAUGUCAACUGAACAGAUGGUUCUAGGAGCUGCCCCUACACCGACAUUGGAAAUGGUAACUGAUCCUACAUCCGGUUGCAUGUACCUUACCAGUCCAUCCGUUUACUACGGUCUGGAGACGAUUGUUCAGAAUACGGUUAUGUCAUCACAGCAGUUUGUUUCAACAGCCAUGCAAGGUGUUCUGAGUCAAAACUCAAGCUUCUCCGCUACUACAACUCAGGUUUUCCAAGCUAGCAAAAUUGAACCGAUUGUUGAAGUUCCCAGCGGUUAUGUGGUGCUGAACAACGAUGGCACCACAUCUCAGCAAAGUAUAGCAUCUAUGCAGCUUCAAUCUCCAACUGGAAUCAUUCAACAAGCUCAAAUUCAGCCAAAUCCGUCAGUGACACCGGCACCUCAACAGCAGACGGUGCAGGCUACAGUUGCCGUUAGCCAAUCUACUCCGGUGCAAACUUGGAAAAUUGAGCCCCAGUCUACAUUUGUCCAGCAGCAUCAGCCCCAAACUACAACAGUUAAUCCGUUGAAAUCCAGCACAGGAAUCAAAAGUAUUAUACCCAAAGCUCAGCCGCAGCUUGUAAACAAAGUCAUGCCCAACCCGCUAGUAAAGACGUCGGAACAUUUGAACACCUCUAUGUCGUCGCAGAGACUAAACUUCCAGACAUCCGGUUCUACUGCAGUCUACACUACGGCCACUGCGAUGACAACAACAACCAAGCUUUCAAACGUCAUCAAACCGAUCACAAAAACAAUAAAUCAUAACAAACCUAAAAUUAUUGCAAAACCGGUGAAGCAACGACAAACGUUACUAUCUCCGCCGCUGUCUUCUCCACAAUCACCCCAAACACUUCACCAACAGCAGAAACCUGUCCAACAGAUUACUCAAGCAGGAUUGCCCAUCAACUCUAACUCGCAAGCUCAAUUAGUUCCAAUCAAACCAAGCAUCAACAACGAAAAACCUUGCUCGCUGGAUAAGAUGCCGCUUCCGAUCACCUCCAUGGCCACGAAGAUUCAUUCGAAAAGUUCUGUUGAAUUUAUCCCCACCGCCAAUCAGCAGCCCCCAAAAACUGCAUCUCUUCUGAAAAAACCUGACGUGAAACCGUUCCCUCGCAUGCCCACCAAUGCAUCCUUCCAAGCUAGUCAACCGCAGCUUCAACAGCAGCCGCAGUCCAUUCAAAUAAACAUGGUUCCAACCGGCAACUUCAACUCGAACAUACAACAAACAGUUUCACAAUCGACAGCACAAUCGCAGAAACCCUUUUCGCCAAUGGAAACCAAUAACAAAGUUUCUCAAAUAACAAUGUCACUCGCAACCAGCAGCAGCUCAACUAUACCAACGACUGCCGGGUCUAUCGCAAUGGCAAACUCACAAUCAAUCACUAUCACACCAACACAAACGGCAAGCAUCACUCUGCCAACAGCACCGUACCCAAUGCCACUUUACUCCAAUAUUCCCACCAACGUGGUCAACCCGAUCCAGCAAACUACCACCACCAUCAGCAACAACAGCGCGUGCAAUAACAACAACACAAACACCGGCAUGAUUCAGAACCGUCCAACCAAUAGAGUCCUUCCCAUGCAAGCUUCGCUUAUCCUGCCGAAAUCGCCGGAGGUUCCGCAAACGCCUCCCCCACUGAAACUGUUGAACACAAUGCCGGACAAAAACGACGAAAUCUCCAUAAUACCCAAUCAUAAUUUCAUUUCUGACUCAACGGACAUCAAUCAAUCCGAUAAGUUGGUCAAAGAAAACAACUUUGAAAUCGAAAUCAAGCCGAUUGAACUGCUACAACAACAAUCGCCUAUUGACGACCAGUUGAGCGUAAUCGAUCAUCAACAACAGAACUUCCAGUUCACCCUAAGCUUAGACCAACACGGCUCAUUGAUUCCCAUUAGCAAUACACCUUCGGUAACGUCUACAAGUAUAUCCUAUCAUCCGAACAUCGCUGACAUUGAAAUUAAGUCAAUCGAAUCGACCGAUCGGAUGUUUACGGAAACCGAAGAGAUGCUCGCCGAAAGCCUGCAAGAAGACCCACUGGACUCGUCUAGUGUGGAUUCACCCAGCUUGAAUGACGAAUCAGAAUCACCCGAAAUCAAGAACAAGAUAUCGGAGAUAUUGGACAAUCUCGAACAGCAGACCAACGAAGAGGAUGCUUUCAGUGAAUGUGAUCACACAGACAGCUCGGAACUGCUGCGAAAAAUUCAACACGAUCAGGUACUGGAAGCUUCUAGUCCAACUAAAAGCCAGGAAGAACAACAACUGGUAGAAGAACUCAACAUGGAACUUCAAGCUAGUGCAAACGCAUCGCCUGCUGGCUCGACGAACGCUUCGGAACUUAUGAUCCCUCCGAUAUUUGACUGUGAUCCUAAAAAAGAUGACGAUUCUGGUUACGAAGCCGAGCAAAAAGAACAUCAUGAUACAAUAUCGAAUGUGGUGAGUCCUGCUCCUAGCUGUAACAGUAAUCUACUAACCAGCAGUGAGUCACAGUUAGACAUACUAGAGAAAGGUAAAACCGACCCAGCUCCGGUGAGCAAAGUGCCGAAAACCAACAGCCCAAAGCUACUGUACGAGAUUCAAUCGCAGGACGGGUUCACCUACAAAUCAACUUCGAUUGUUGAAAUUUGGGAUAAACUGUUUGAAGCGGUUCAAAUCGCCCGGAAAGCUCACGGGCUGCAACCGCUUCCUGAAGGACAACUGGAGGAAAUGGCUGGCGUGCAGAUGCUAGGUUUGAAAACGAAUGCCAUGCGAUAUCUGUUGGAGCAACUGCCAGGAGUGGAGAAAUGUACCCAGUACAAACCACAAUACCACAAGAAGGCAGCAUCAGAAAGUUCUGCAACGCCGGAUGGUAUCUCUUCAAUUUACGAAGAUUAUUUCGAUAUCAUCAAGGAAAAUCAGUUCGGCUCGGCCCGGUGUGAACCGUAUAGCUCUCGGUCAGAGUACGACAUGUUCAGUUGGCUUGCAUCGCGUCAUCGUAAGCAACCUAUGCCAGUGGUAGCACAGAGUAUAGACGAUGUAGUGAUUCCAAGACGAGGAACCGGAAGCAAUCUCCCAAUGGCAAUGCGAUAUCGAACGUUAAAAGAAACCUCCAAGGAAUCUGUUGGCGUUUACCGUUCGCAUAUUCACGGUCGAGGUUUGUUCUGCAACCGUGACAUAGAAGCUGGUGAAAUGGUUAUUGAAUACGCCGGAGAGCUGAUUCGUUCGACGCUUACGGAUAAACGGGAACGGUACUACGACAGCCGUGGAAUCGGAUGCUAUAUGUUUAAAAUCGAUGAAAAUUUUGUCGUAGAUGCAACGAUGCGUGGUAAUGCAGCUCGCUUCAUUAACCAUUCGUGCGAGCCAAACUGCUACUCAAAGGUCGUUGACAUUCUGGGCCACAAGCAUAUCAUCAUCUUUGCGUACCGGCGAAUCGUUCAAGGCGAGGAGCUUACGUACGAUUAUAAAUUUCCGUUUGAAGAUGUAAAAAUCCCAUGUUCAUGUGGUUCGAAAAAAUGUCGAAAAUAUCUGAAUUGAGUGCGGAAAUUGCAAAUAGCGAGCGAUAGCAUAGGAUCAAAACCAGUAAUAAGCAAUAGAACGUUACAGGACGAUAGAUCCGUGUAGAGUGAGAAACUUAACGGUUUAUCUCGGAACAAUAUGGUGCUGCUGAAUGGAGGCCGAAACAACAGUGAUUGUGAUAAUUGGAAUGCAUCACAAAAGCCACACAUUUUUAUUUAGACGUACAGAUUUGCAAUAGGCUGUUCUAGCUCUGAACAGGAACAGACAUUUGAGCCACGUGGGUCAACAGCUUAUACAGCAUGUAUUAUAUUAUUAAAAUGUAUCAAUUGCAGUAAGUUGUGCAAAGUGUUUAGUAUAGUGCCGUCGUUGCUUUGUUGCUUUGAAGUGAAACCUUCAUCGUGUAAAUAUACCUGAGUGUGCUUUGAUCAACAAAACAACAGAACGAGAAUACAUGUUGAGCCCAAGAAUCUGUAUUACAACAUACAUUAAAAAAACUAAUAUUUACAGUAACUCAAUUCGAUAAGUUGUUUUAAAUAAACAGUAUAUAAGUACACAUUUGCAACACAACCCGUUUAACAGUAAAUUUCAAAUAGACACAUUUUACUCAUGACUAACACAAUAGAAUUUUAUCACUGUCACUUUCAAACUGGAAAUAAUGACGAUAACGUACAAAUUAAAUGCUUUACCGAUCCCACGGUCGAUUCACGGCAACCGUGGUUGAUGUAACAGUUUUGAAAUCUCGGUUAGAAAAGAAAGCAUCGCGCAAGCCCUUUUAACGCUGAUAGUUGAACUGGCGUGCGAUUCGAUUGGUAAAUCAAACAGUUUCCAUUUGAUCGACAAGGCUCUCCGCUGCAAUCUCAAAUCGUACUAUGCUAUGUUACGUUACAAACAAACGAAAGAAAUAGUAACAGCUUCCUAGAAUUAAACAGAAUGGUUUGUAUUACAACGAACCUUUGGCGUUGGAAGUAUGUUUAUCAUUUCUACUAAAUUAUCACAAUACAUUUUGUGGUCCAACUUAGAACUGCGACUGGGGUUAUAUUAGUUGUAAUAAAAUACAAAGUCAAAAACAUGCUUCAAGGCGCAAAAAAUUGUGUGUAAAUUUUUAAAACUUCAGCUUACACCAUUGACUCUAAACCGCUUAUUUCCUAUCAAUUGCGAUGAGCAUGACGACUCAAUUGAAACUAAGCAAAUUAGAAACGAACAUUAGUAUAUUGUAUAGGUUCGCCAGUAAAAUGUCCUUCAAAUCAUGGUUGUAGAAGUAACUUCUACAAAUAUUAGCUUUUCAAUUACGUACUUGAAAUGCAGCGUGACAAGGUUUGCCUUUGAGAGGUAGCGUGCUAUAAUUAGCCGUCGCCUACCUGUACCUAGUUCUCGGAUCUUUAUGAAAUUUCAACGAAAUAUUCUCGACCGUUUGUACUACAAGAACAAACACAAUGUAUAUAACCCCCUAAGUCUUCUGACAUAAUUGAAAACAUAAUUUUAUUCAUUCCUCGGUUGUACGAUUGGAUCAACAGCGUGAAGUUUGCACCAUUAUAAAAUCGAAGAGUAAGCUUUUAAUCGUGACCAUAAAUUUACUACAAUCUGUAUCUUAUCUACCUGUGUAAUGGUUGUAGUAUUGAUGUUCCAUCGACGCAUUUUAAAUAUCGUACCAGUCAAAUAUCACAGGAAAUCAAUAGUUGAUGUGAAUACUUAUUCACUUACAAAACAACUGAUAGCAGGUUGUAAAUAUUAGUCUUUAGUUCGUAAUUCAAAUACAAUUCUAUACGCUUUUAUAUUACCUAAUUAGUUUAGGAUACUUUUACGGCCAAUUAUUUAUAAAAGAUUUGUGUCAAAGGCUUGCAGGCAGUUCGAUCGAGUUUCAGUCAGGAGUUGCUGCAAGUAAAUUCCUAGUUUAAUCACAUUUGUCAAAAACUGACAUCGCAUCAGUGAACGUUAUCUUGCCAUUUCCGUUAUAUUUGUUUUUUAUUAUUUAAACAGUCUUGUCUGCGCAUAUUGAUAGUAAAACAUUUAAUGUUUGUUAGCAGUCAUUAGAGGCGAACGUGUGUGAAAUGUUCGCGGUCACUACUUUUAGUAACUAUUUAUAAUAUAUGAAGAGCCUAACUUUGCUAUCUAGUAGUCAUUACCCGUUGUAUAAUUGUAGCUAAUAUGCUCUUAUUUGUAGUUGGAAUCAGAAUAAUCAAAAAAGGAACUCAUAUGAGUUUUAACUUGUGACUUGCUAGAGUCAGAAACAUCAAACUUAUGUCAUACAUUCAUAACUUGGCUCUGUGCAGCAGUUACUACGAGUGGUAAAAUGAAAACAAAUGUGAUACUAACGAAAAAGUUAUUUGAAAUCUAACUUAAUUGCUACUAAAGUACAUUUAAAAGAGAAGGAAUCUACGAAAUAGAAAAAGGAUAUUACUAAAUAAUAACAAGACACAAUAACUAGCAUGCAUAGUGUAAAUUCUCACUUACAAGCAACUUCAUAAAAUUACGAAUUAUAAUUAUACACAUACAUACACACAAAAUACUUUUACGUAACUAUUGUAAGUAUUAGAGUCUUAUAUUCGUAAAAUGUGUUGACUCGUCCAAUUAUUGCAUAUACAUAUUUCUCUAACACGAACGCAAGCGAGCGCAUGGACAAGCGCGCGCAAGGAAACCGACGUAGGGAAACUUUUAUUGUGUACAUUUUGGCUUUACUACUAUUAAAAAACUACUACCUAGGAACGUAAUUGCAGUUUAUUAAGUUUAGUUUUUUCUCAUUCAAAGUAUUAUGUUGAAAUGAAAAGUAAACAAUAAAAUAAGAGGUAU